AUGUCUCACGCUCUCACCACAACAUCGCUCUCCAGCGUCCUCAUCGUGCUGAACAUCGCCCUCGCCCUGGUCUGGGUGUCCUUCCUGGAUUCUAUGGACCCGGCUAAUGUCUUCCACGCCGUCCUCAUCAUUAACGCGACUACGACCGCGUGGUGGAUUUGGAUGAACACGUCCCUCAGUCGACAUGCGCGAGCACUGUGCCGGUUCACAGUCUUCGCAGUACACGUCCUCGGACCUCCUUCGGCGAUGUUGCAAGCGUCCAGGCGUUUGAGCUUCCGUGUAGGGAACGCACGCUACGAUGGAACUUUGGUUCUUGUUCCCCUCGACUCGCCGCCUUCGCCCGCUCGCUGCAACCGUUCCGAAACCUUGGUCGACGAAGAGUACCUAGAUACACCUGAGGAUGCAGAUGUUCUAGACGAGCAACUUCAUGAAGAAUGGUCCUCUGCUCACCCCACAGCGCUUGUUCUCCACGGGAGUCGCAGUUCAACCCCUUCGCAUGCCAACAUUCAUCCUAUCCACAAACUAUCUCAUGACGACCCAAUCCCAAUCUCCAACCUAGCACCUUCCCGAGCGUCGCUCUCGGACGCGCAGCUCCCGGAGAACGUGCGCCUGAACCGCGCGGUCCGCAUCCUCACCCGGGAGCGCGACCUGUACAGGUCACGAGCCUAUCAACUAUCGACUCGCCUGGAUAAAUGUUAUAGCACUCACGCACAGACCCAAUGUGCUCUCGAGCGCGCGGAGAGCGCGGCUAUCGAUACUCAACACGCCCUUCAACGACUGGAAGCAGAGCGGCGCGAUCUCUUCCUAGCCCUGGCGGCCACCCUCACCGCGCCUUCAAACAAGGCGGUACCCUCCACAGUCCCUUCAGACUAUCGCACGACUACGCAAGACAUCUUCGCACACCACGCGCGCCCAUCGGCAGACGACCUCUCCAGCCCCCAGACCCCCGUCAAGCGCGCAGGCGCCGAUGAGCGACCCCUCCUCCUGCCCCCAACAGCGGAAACGACCGAAGACACGCCCACGCGCCCGCGCAACGCGACAUGGGCGUCCCCCGGGCGGUCGCGGCUCGAGGACAUCCUCAUGCACACGCGCCGCCGCGCGGAGGUGCUGGCGCAGGCGCAGAAAAGGGGCUCGGUGGGCGCGGGCUGGGACGCGCAGCGCGCGGCCUCGGCGCGGCCGAUCUUCUCGGUCGUGCAUGAGGGGAGCGAGGGCGACCGGGCGGGGGUGCUAGGGGAGGAGCCGGCGCUCACGAAGGAGCAGAAGAGCGCGUAUGGGAUUAUCGAGGACUUGCGUGUCAGUCGCCCGUGCACUUCGCCGUCUACCAGCCCUGUGCUCGAGCAGGAGAACGACAACCCCGCAGUCACGGUGUCUCAGUCAGAGGAACAGGCCCCCUGUUCACAAACAGACGUUGCAGCGAAGCCCAUCCCGGACACCCUGACUGCGCAGCCUCAGAAGCCCACCUCGGACUCGCUCGCCGUGCCCAUGCAAGCGAUGCCAGUGAGACAGCCCCGGGGCCCGCCCCCGUCUCCGCUCGCCACGCUCGCGCAGAAGGCCCUCGCACAGGCCCUCCAGCGGCCCAGUGCGCACACCUGGCGCGGGCGCACGCAGGGCGGCGGCUCCGGGGUAGGCGCGGACGCGGACGCCAAGCUCACCCUGGGCCGCGCGUCCACAUCCCCGGACCCACCCGCGACGACGUACCCGACCUCGCGGAUGCCCAGCAGAGUGCACGCGCGGCAGGCGACUGCGCCCCCGGGUCCGACGUCCAUGGGGGACACGGAGCCGCAGCGCAUCGACCCGAUGGUGAUAUUACAUGCCGCUUUGCCCGCGAGCGUCCCGAAGGUCGCGGUCAGCUCGAUGACUGAGGCAGUCGGGGGCUCGGCGAAGCCUGAGGAGCGCAAGCGCCAUGCGACGUAUAGCGGGGCUGGUGCUAGUGGCUCUCCUGCGUUCGCGUCUACAAACUUGCGGUGGCAAGCGAGUGCGUCUGGGAGGGAGGCCAUCGAGGCUGAGAGGCGGGUGGCCGAGACGGCAGAAGAGAUCAACUUGCUGCUGAGAGGUUUGUUGCAUAAGGCGAGCAGCCGAACUCUCGUCGCCGAGCCUGUGGUGGUAUAGGGGUCGCGGGCAUGUCGGCCUCUGAGUAGAGUGUCAACACUCACGUGUUGGGAGUUGAGAGUAUGGUCAGCAAGAGCGUGCCAGGGCAAACUCGGUUUGUCAGAGAGUGAACCGAAGAGAUCCUGGGGAAGCUGGGCCGGAGGUCUCGGCGUUUGGCUUCGG